CCAGCGCAAAGUGAUCCAGACGCACGGUUACCGAGCUGUGGGGACUGUUUAUGGCCGUCUGUGCAUCGCCUAACUCCGCUAUUUUCAGUCACACCAUCGCUUUUAAAAGUCAAGCAAGCGUGUCUACAUCUACGUGCCUGGUUAUGGUACCAGCGAGAGGGAAACGGCGUGUUAGACUAGGAAUUUAACUUCAUCGCAGCUACGGACAUACGUGUAAAAUAGUAUUUACGUGGAUGGAAUAAAAGCCCCAAUCUUGACGCUGGUAUGUUCUGUCGAUUCGUUUGUGACUAUCGUGUUUGAUCAGACGCAAGAGACGAGUAGAUUUGAGCUUAAACAGCGUGUAUCCGCGCGUCCCUGUUGUAGCCAGCACGCUAGGCCCACAGGCUCAAGAGGAGGAGGAGGCUACAGCUGCAAGAAACUUCACGGACAUUUCACGCAACUUUCUCAGACAAUGUCAAGGCUGUGUUUUGGAACAGGUGGAUAUUGUGCAAGACUCAAACCACUGUAAAAACAAGAAACGAACGCCAGCUAUGGUUAUUUAUAUCGCUAAUGCAAUGUUUGUGCAAGAAUCUGCAAAGACACUAACCAGGUAGUGUCUCAAGUGUUGGUGGAUACUGUAUUUUGUAACUUGUUGAUUGGAUAGAAAUAAUAUAGCAAAACGAGAUUUACGCACACGCAUUAGCACAUUUUGGACAUGAAACGAAGCCUGUUUGUUGCCAUUAAGGAUUGACAAGGUUAUCUGAAGACUGCGACCGACUCCUCAGCAAGCCCCUCGGGGACACUGGUUUAAAAUGUCGGCUGCCAUCUCUGCGUCGGAGAAGGUGGACGGCUUUACGAGGAAGUCCGUGAGGAAGGCCCAGCAGCGGCAGAGGAGGUCGCAGGGCUCCUCUCAGUACAGGACGCACGGCACUGUCCCGGUAGAGCUGUCUCCGCUCCCUCAGCUCAAAGAUGCUCCCAGCACAGAGCAGCAGGAGCUGUUCCAGCAGAAGCUCCAGCAGUGCUGUGUCCUGUUUGACUUCUUUGACUCGGUCACAGAUCUGAAGAGCAAAGAAAUCAAGAGAGCUGCACUGAAUGAGCUGGUGGACUAUGUGUCCACCAACAGGGGUGUGCUGGUGGAGGCCACCUACCCCGAGAUCAUCAACAUGAUCUGCACCAACAUCUUCCGGACUCUUCCUCCAAGUGAGAACCCAGAUUUUGACCCUGAGGAGGACGAGCCCACCCUGGAGGCGUCCUGGCCACACAUGCAACUGGUGUACGAGUUCCUCCUACGUUUCCUGGAGAAUCCUGAUUUCCAGCCCAGCAUUGCCAAGCGCUACAUCGACCAAAGAUUUGUUCUACAGUUGUUGGAGUCGUUCGACAGUGAAGACCCCAGAGAGAGGGACUUCUUGAAGACCAUUCUGCACCGCAUCUACGGCAAAUUCCUGGGUCUGCGUGCUUUUAUACGCAAGCAGAUCAACAAUAUAUUCCUCCGGUUCAUCUAUGAGUCUGAGCGCUUUAAUGGUGUUGCUGAACUACUUGAAAUCCUUGGCAGUAUCAUCAAUGGCUUCGCUCUGCCGCUGAAGGCUGAGCACAAACAGUUCCUGAUGAAGGUGCUGAUCCCUCUGCACACGGCCAAAGCUCUGGUCCUGUUUCACGCACAGCUGGCUUACUGCGUCGUCCAAUUCCUGGAGAAGGAUCCUACACUCACUGAACCGGUUAUUCGUGGGUUGCUGAAGUUUUGGCCGAAGACUUGUAGCCAGAAAGAGGUGAUGUUUCUGGGUGAAAUUGAAGAGAUUCUGGAUGUCAUUGAGCCAACGCAGUUCAAGAAGAUCCAGGAGCCACUGUUCAAGCAGAUAGCCAAAUGUGUGGCCAACCCACAUUUUCAGGUAGCAGAGAGGGCGCUCUACUUCUGGAACAACGAGUACAUUUUGAGCCUCAUCGAGGAAAACAUUGAUAAGAUCCUGCCCAUCAUGUUCGGCAGUCUGUACAGGAUCUCCAAGGAGCACUGGAACCCGACCAUCGUGGCUCUGGUCUACAAUGUUCUGAAGACACUGAUGGAGAUGAACGGGCCUCUGUUUGAUGAGCUCACAACGUCUUACAAAACCGACCGACAGAGGGAGAAGAAAAGGGAGCAGGAGAGAGACGAGUUGUGGAGGAGACUGGAUGCACUCAGACUGAACCACUGCGGUCCCAAUAACAACUACGGCUUGCAGAGCACCCACAACCUCAACAACAAUAACAACAACAACAACAACAGUCACCACGGCAAUGCCACAAAUCACUCCACCAGUAACACUCAGAGCAGCAGCGGUCAGACCAAUGAGCCAGGUGUAUAUGAACACAAACCAGAGUGUGAGGAGAGCAGUGACCCCCAUGACCCCAGCGACCCCAGCGACCUCAGUGCCAAAUGACAGUAAAGACAUGUAAGGUGUGAGGGUAGGAGAGGUUCUGUCCGCACUAAUGUUUUGGGAUUGUCCAGGCUCAACCUUACAGGUAGUUAAGGAAUGAUGACACUGCCACAAAGGGCCAUGAUAUCAAGUGUGUUUGAGGAUUAAACAGUAUUUUGAUGUUUGAAAACUGCACUGCUUAAAAACUCUUAUUUUCCAUGGGAUAAAGCAGGUUUUUAAAGGGCCUGUACCCAAAUUGUUUCCUAUGUAUUUGAGCAAAAUAUGUAUUGCCCCAGUCCAGAUAUAUUGUAUAAACAGCUCUUGAUGUAAAAAUAAAUCUACUGUGUGCUGUCUGCAUCAAAUUAUAAAGCAUUUUAUUGUUCAAUAAUUAGCAAGUGUGCCUUAGCAUGCUAGUUAUUAACCGUGACAGCAAAAUCACUCUGGUCUCUAAACUUAUCACAGAAAAGAAUUAGGAUGCUCUGAAUACAGAAGGUAAGUGAGGAAGAAGUCUGGACGACUGGAAACUGUUUAAAAUGAACUAGUUUGAACUAGUUUGAAUCUUAAACCUUUUCUACCAUGGGGCCCAGCUUUUUGUGUACAUAGUAACCUAGGGCCCGUGUGCAUAUUAAAAACAUGGGAUUAUUUUCAAGGCUCCAGCUCUAUAGUUAAGAGUCCGUGGGCUGGAGUCUUGGAUGGUUAGACAGCAGGGCUGUGGUUGUUUUCUGCUCAGGUCAGUGAAAAAGUAUUUUCUGAGCUCAUGGACAGAUCAUGAACAAGAGGGCAGGUAUCUAAACAAAACAUUUGUGUGGACAGCCUUUGUAAAUGCCAGCACACGCAGUUAUGUAUUUAGUAUAUCUGGAUGUCGCUGUUUUCAAACAGGAUGGUCUAUUUCAAAAUGUAUUGUUUCACCUGAGAUUAUUUCCUGAUUGUGGCAGUGUAACAUAAGUGUAACUCAUAAGGACUUGAACUUUUGGAGACUUUUCACUUCUUUUAAAGAGCUGAUCUUUUUAAACCUACUGUUUGUAAAUAUGUUGCCCUUAAGGGUGAAGGGCCAAAAGGACCAGAGACAAAGUCAUUGUAUCAAAGUGUGCCAAACUAAUAGCAAUGCAACCAAAAAGCAGACAACCCAUGUUUUUUUGUCAAAAUCAUAGUUCCAUAUGGCAAAUACAUGACUGUGUUUAAAAAUUCUGUUUAUAAUUUUUUAAUCAAAUGGGUUGUGGGUACAUGAGCUGUUUAAUUCAAUAGUUCACAGGGGUAGUGCUCAAAAGGAAAUGCAGAGACUUUUUGGUUGCACCACUAUUAUUUAGCUCACUUCCGUGUUCAAUAGUAAAUCAAGUAUUAAUUAUUCCAGACUUAAAAAUGUAUACUGUAUGUUUCGAUACCUAGAUAGCCAUAGCUCAGUCAGUUGAAAGUUGAUUCUCAGACUCAACUGGAGAACAAACAGUAGCCUUAUUUAGUCACUGCACUUGUUCAUGAGCAGACCUUCUGUAAGUAUGAAUGCACUUUUGUUUUCUGCCAAAGUACUUUCUUGUGAUGAAAUGUGAAUGAGUCUGGUUUGAGAGUUCCCUUUCUGUAGACUGAACUCUCUGGGCUCUUAAAGCACAGAAGAGUUAGAGCCGUACAUGUGUGAGGCCUUACCCAGAGCAGAACAUUGUGCAGCAGGGCCGCACCUGCUGUAAGAGCUCUCCCAAAGCCCUGCUACCAUCACCCUGUCCCAGGAGCUAACACUAGCGCCUGUGGACUCUCAUGGUGUGUCAGUGGGACGGAUCCUUGUGUGCUAUAUACAAAUCUAUUUUUGUCUAAAAGCAAACUAGACUAAUUACUAUUUUUUGAAAUAUAAAUAGUAUAACUGUAUAUUUGAACCUGUUUUUGGCUGAAGGGGUGCAGGGUCUGUGUGUAUAUUUUGGUGUGAAUAUGUGUAAAGCUAUUUUAAAGGGAAUCUCCUUUUUCACUUUCCCAUUUUAAUGUAUUAUUUUAUUAUUUUCUUGAUAAUAAUUGAGAGAAACAGUGUAGUUGAGGGCUUACCACUUCAUGUGUACCAAGAUCAUGUGUAAAACAGAUUGAAUUGGGUGUAACUCUUGUGAUAACAUACAGUGAACAUGUAGGCUGUGGACAGAAUCUUCCGGUGUCAUAAGGGCUGGUGGCUGGUUGUGGUAUCAGGAUCGUUUAGAUUGUUUAGAAUCCAGAGCAGCUGAUAGCUGAUAAGCUCUGCCCAUACUUUUGGACCGAUAGAUAUAUAUGGCUGAUUUAUGCAAUUUUCUCUUAUCUCUGUGCUGGAGAUUUAAAGCCCAUAGCUGAUAUGUUAAAAGAGCAAAUAUCGAUCAAACGACUUUUCAGCCAACCAAAAUAUGGGUCUAUCUCUACAGUGAAUACAGGCUUACAUUGUCAGGAACAGUUUUUGAACUGAAGGUUGUAUAAUCCAUUCAGAUCUUUGGCGUGACCAGAUAUCAAACUUAGAAUUCAGCAUGAUUUUAUUAUUUAUACAGAAUUCAGAAUUCUAGGCUGUAAAAUAAAAUGCAGAGUUAUGAAUUCUGUCUAAACAAUAUCACAACAAUUCCCUUUUCUUUCAGUGCGGUUUUCCUUUGACUCUGGAGACACAAACGUACGUCAGAAUCAUACCUCUUGGUUGUGGAGGUGACAUGUUGCUCUUGUCUGCCUCUCCACAGCCACCCAGUCAGAAAGAGUCUGGAGGACUGCUCUAGUCUCCCGUGGUGGGACAUUCUAGGAUGCUGGUUCUGUUCCAUGUGAUGUCUUUGUCAGUCCAUUCCAGUGUGUCUGUGGGACCUGUUUUGUAUCUGCAGAUUGUAAACCUAAUAAACAUUGGAUUUAAAGGG